UGUCCUUCUAGAAUCCGUUUUUCCACAUUAAAUUCUCUUUCCAAACCCGAAGACUUUAUCAUCAGGCCUACAAUCUCUAAAGGCGACAAAGAAAAGAAGAAAUCGGAUAAAAACAGGCGGCCGGAGACCCUUCUGUUCUGUCAUAGAUAAUUCAGAAGAGCAAAAAAGAUGGAAGUGGUGGUGCCGGUGCCGGAAUUCCAUUUCCACACAGCCAUGACUACGCCGUACAUCAGCGCGCCGUCGAGCCCCCCGAAUCACUUCACCGACAACUCAUCCUUCAUCGAAUUCCAUCACAGCCAUCACGUCAGUGCUCCCAGCAGCCCCACCUCUUCCGCAGCUAUCUACGCCGCCUUCCGCAGAACCGCCGCCGCUACCCGCGGCAGCCGCCACUCAUCCAUCCCUUUCGACUGGGAAGAAAAGCCAGGCACGCCCAAAUCCUCCAGCUUCGAUCAAAAAGAGGACGAAUUUGACCAAAAAGAGGACGAAUUUGACUUCGACUUCUCCAUCGGCUUCAGCGGCCAAAAUAUGGACAAGUUAUCGCAGCGGCCGCCGGCAUCGCAUGGGAAGGUGGCGUCCUUGGCCACCGCCGACGAGCUGUUCGAGUUUGGAAAGAUCCGGCCUUUGAAGCCUCCACCGAGACUCUACUCGCCGGUGAUGGGAGAACAGGGGCCAAAAUCGCCGAGGAGCGGCGGAUUUUUGUCUCCCCUGCGCCGCGGCCGAAACCGGCGGGGAAAAGAACUCGACCCCUUCGUUCUAGCCAUGGUAGAGGCGACGAAAAGCCGAAGGGAAUCGAGGUCUCUUUCUCCUUUUGGUGGCAGAGGAAAAGUAGGAAGCUUUCUAACUCCUGUAUCAUCCCCUCCUCGAAAUUCUACUCCCAUGGCGGAGAAGGGCGGGCGAGGGUGGAUGUAUCGGCUUAAGGAAUUGCUUCUCUUCCGAAGCUCGUCUGAGGGACGGGACAGAGGAGAAACCAAAAACAAAGAUUUUUCCAAGUAUGGAAGCUCGUCGUCAUCUUCUUCAGCAUCGUCGACAUCGUCGUUGGGGUCCGCGAAGGGGAAAACAGGAUUUAGUGCUGCGGGCGGCGGUGGAUGCGAGGAAUCGAGCUGCUCGAGCUUCAGGUCGGAGGAGAGUGGAUCAACGCGCCGAGGGCCGGUGGUUCCGCAAGAGCUGGAGUUUACGGAGAACAGAACGGUGGUAGUGAUGGACAAGAAGUUGGUGGUGCCGCACAAGCAAAGUAUGUUCAGCGUCCGCGGAUUCACCGCCGGCAAGUUUGGCGCGUCCUUCAUCCGUCGACGGACUUGAAUAUAGAUGGUCUGUUUUGAAGAUUUUUUUUUUUUUUUUAAUUUUAAUUUCAUGUUUGAAAAGAUGGAUCGUGCAGACUCAUAACUAAUAUAGGAGAGAUUAUUACGCGACUGAAGCAGAUUUUUGUUUGAACUUCAAUCUUAUAAGAUAUUUAAAUUUUUUCUUUCUGGUACAUAUUGUGUAUAGAAAGGAAAAAA